AUUCCCUCUCUGUCCCUCACUGACAAUCCUCUUCACUAGAAAACAUCCACUUAGAUCUCCAGAGACAAGCAGCUGCUCUACAGAGGGGAAAAAGUAUUUUGUAAGGUGUGCUGGUGAUCCUCUGCAGCCAUGUGUGACCAGACUUUCGUGGCGGCCACUUUUGGCCCCUGCGACAGCUGCAGUAAACCGAGUCCUCUGAUGAACAUCUACGUUAAGAACGAGGCCACCAACUACUGCUCCCUCUGUGUGGAAAUGAUGGCUUGUCAGGGGCUCCAAAAAGGGGAAACCCUGGAGUCACUGAAGAGGGAGAGCGAGACUCUGAAGAAGAAGCUGGAGGAGGAGCGAAACAAGCUGAACGACGUGGAGUUGCACCAGGUGGCAGAGAAGGUUGAGGUGUUGAGUGCUCUCUCCAUAAAGACCAGACGUGUACUGAAGGGUCACGGGAACAAGGUGCUGUGUAUGGACUGGUGCAAAGACAAGCGACGCAUGGUCAGCUCAUCACAGGACGGAAAAGUGAUCGUCUGGGAUGCAUUCACUCUUAAUAAGGAGCAUGGAGUUCCCCUGCCGUGCACGUGGGUGCUGGCGUGUGCUUAUGCCCCCUCGGGCUGUGCUAUAGCAUGCGGUGGCCUGGAUAACAAGUGCUCAGUCAUCCCGUUGUCUCUGGACAAAAAUGAGAACUUGGCUGCGAAGAAGAAGUCGGUUGCUAUGCACACCAACUAUGUGUCAGGCUGCUCCUUCACCAACUCUGACAUGCAGCUCCUGACCUCCAGUGGCGAUGGCACAUGUGCAUUGUGGGAUGUGGAGAGCGGGCAGCUGCUGCAGAGUUUCCACGGUCACACAGCUGAUGUCCUGUCCCUGGACCUCGCCCCAUCUGAGACUGGAAACACUUUUGUCUCUGGGGGCUGUGAUAUGAAGGCCAAUGUGUGGGACAUGCGCUCUGGACAGAACAUUCAAUCUUUCGAGAGCCACGAGUCUGACAUCAACUGCGUGAAGUACUACCCCAGUGGAGAUGCAUUUGCAUCUGCCUCUGAUGAUGCGACGUGCCGUUUCUAUGACUUGAGAGCUGACCGUGAAGUGGCAGUCUACCAGAAGGACAGCAUCAUAUUUGGCGCUUCCACCUGUGACUUCUCUCUGAGCGGCCGUCUGCUCUUCGCUGGUUAUAAUGACUACGCUAUCAAUGUAUGGGAUGUUUUGAAGGGGACUCGUGCCACCAUAUUGUUUGGUCACGAGAACCGUGUUAGCAGAGUGAGAGUGUCACCUGAUGGCACAGCGCUCUGUUCAGCUUCCUGGGAUAGCACUUUACGGGUUUGGGCCUAGAGUUUUUAUCGUGGUAGUUUCCAACAAAGGUAUCUACAUUUGAUGGCCAAUAAUCCCAAAGCCCAGCCUGAAAUAUUAGCACUAUUUCAGGUGUGUAUUGACGAAACCUUCAGUCAGCCAAGCCCUCAGAUGUCUCUGAAUGAAAAUAUUCAAUAAUAUCUAUAAAGUGGAUAUUUGUUUAAGCAGAAGUUGGUAUUCCCAGUCUUUGUUAUUGUUACCCUGAUGACUGAUGCUAAAUAAAUAUGUUAUUUUUUAACAUAGUGUGAAAUAUGUAUUCCUGUAAAGAGCCAAAUAACCUUUAGAAAUCAUCUGCAUGAUCAAACUUGUGUGUCAUACUGCAAACAAUAUUACCGAUUGUCAUGUAAAUAAUGCCCACUGUCACUUUUCUUAAGAAGCUGUAGUUGCACAUGCUGUUAAAUGUGUUGUGUAUAUUGUCUCUACUUUUUUGGUAUUUUGCUGUAGCUGAUGUCAUGAUUAAACACAAGAAAAGAAAUUUGAA